AUGGGUCUGUCCCAACCCGCGGAGUCCUCCAGUGGUUUGCAAGCAUUCAUCGACGGAAAACAGACCAAGCAGACUACUCAGGUUCUGACGGCCACCAAUGCCAGACAAACCCCGAACGGAUGGGUCUGUCCCAACCUGCGGAGUCCUCCAGGUAUCGGUUUGCAAGCAUUCAUCGACGGCAAACAGACCAAGCAGACUACUCAGGUUCUGACGGCCACCAAUGCCAGACAAACCCCGAACGGAUGGGUCUGUCCCAACCCGCGGAGUCCUCCAGUGGUUUGCAAGCAUUCAUUGACGGCAAACAGACCAAGCAGACUACUCAAGUUCCGACGGCCAUCAAUGUCAGACAAACCCCUAACGGAUGGGUCUGUCCCAACCCGCGGAGUCCUCCAGGAGAUAUCCAAACAAUACAUGCGCAUUCUUUACCAAGGACGCCAGCAUACAGACCUUGGGCGGAGACUUAGAAUUGUGGCAUGGAUACUUGUAAGCUCGGUAUUAUCUCUGUGGCGACCCAACAAUGCAACAGAUCCAAUGUCAUUCAUGCCACACUGUAUCCUCAAUGGGGCCCUUAUUAUGUACUCUUCCUGCAAGCUUCCAUUGUCCGGCAGGGACUCUCAAACCUUCAAUGCUAACAUGUCUAACAAACCCCGAGCGGACGGGUCUGCCCCAACACACUUAAUGUCUCUUGACAUCAACCGCACUCGUGCCGACAAUACUGCUUUUGGCGGAUGA